CCUUCAAUUAAAUAAUCUGAAGGUUUUCUGUGCUAAACCGAAGAUGGCGACAGAUUAAACUAGACUGUCAAACGGAAGGAGAAAAUGAGAGGCAAAUGUCGCUUUUUGCAUUAAAAACGGAAGAAAAUAUACGACUUGUCAUGUUUGAGAAUGGCAGAUCUAGAGUAAAGAUUUCGUUUUUGUACGUGCCAUGCGUUUAUUGUGUGAUGCUGCACCGGUGCUGGGGGUGUCGGUAGGAUUUCACAACAUGUUACAAUUUUGGGUGUAUAGGAAAUAUUAUGCCGGACGUUAUCUAUUUGCAAUGGAUUAGACUCCGGGGUUUGGAGCUGGAUUGAUUUCUUGACACAACAACUUGGGAAAAAAUGCUUCCCAUCACCAUGUUGCAAACGAGGUAGGUGACAUUGUUUGGGGGAUAUAUUGCAAAGGUGAAAAAGCCAUCUGAGAUCGCUUUUGUCUACCCCCAAAAAUAUGAUCAGGGGUGCUUGGAUGUUUCGAAGGGAAGAUGACGCCGUGUUAAAAAUAUGUUGUGCACCCAAACAAAACGACAAACCCUGUGCCGAUUCCGAGAGGGUACAGAAAUGGCGAAUGUCUUUGGCAUCCCUAUUAUUUUUCACUGUCCUUCUCUCUAAUCACCUCUGGCUGUGUGCUGGAGUUAAACUGAGAUCCAAGGAUAGGAGCAACCGCAAAACCUGGAUCAACGCGCUUGACGGGGUCCAUCCGGCUCUAAAUGAGGGGAAAAGUGGUAUUUUUCUAAGCAAUUUGACCAAAUCCGCUGCUCCAGGUCCUCAUUGCACUGAUGCUCAAAGCCACCACACUCACCUGGAGUCAGCCUGCACCACAUUGUAUCGGCAAAAAAAUGUCUUUGGGUCCUCAACUCCAUCAACGUUCUCGUCACAGAUGUUACUUGAUUAUUUUAGGAAUUUUAGCCUCUCUUUUUGUGAUUCUUACUCCAUUUCCGAUUUACUGUUGGGGAUGUCAAGCCCAGACAGUUUAAAUUGCAGUCUUCAGAACAUGGUUUUGGAUUUGUUUAGCAGUGGUGGGGAUGAUGAGGAUGUCUGCAGCAUCUGUAUCCAGGCUUACAUGAGGCUGGACCAACACGCUCAGGAAAAAUAUGAGGAGUUUGACUUCUUCUUUCUCAAGUAUUUAUCAGAGGAUUAUUCUGUCCGAUCCCACACAGAGGACUGUAAGUCAGUCUACAAAGCCUGGUUAUGCUCAGAAUACUUCAACGCCACCCAGAGCCAGUGUCACCACAGGAUUCCCUGCAAGCAAUAUUGUCUGGAGGUCCAGACCAUGUGCCCCUUUGUGUUACCAGACAAUGACGACUUGGUCUAUGGAGGACAAUCCAGUUUCAUCUGUACAGGGCUACUAGAAAACCAUUUAACCAAUGCAGACCCAGAGUGUUGUGACGUCAGACGGAGUGGCUGCGACCCCUCUGUGGGGGCGGCGUGUGCCCUGACCCAGCUUCCGGGGUCAUCAUCAUGGCAGCGGCGCAGCUCCCCGCCCGUGUCAGCUGCAUCGCGGCUGUGCAGCAGCAGACUCAGACUGUGUGUUCUGGUCCUCAUCCUGCUGCACACUGUCGUCUCCUUUUCCACUGUCCAGAGCAGUGGCGCUGUGGGCCUGGAGGCCAUGGUACCCCUGCCCCUGGAGGAGAGCUCUGCCCGAGAGGAGUGACUGAUGAUGAACAAGAGUUUCUACUGUCCCCCCCCCCGGCUUCCAGUCUACAGAGACUCCCUUCCUUCCCACUACCUGAGGAGUGAGGCGUUAUAACCUUCUCUCUCCAUCCAGUCCCCUCCACAGGACAUCAGGAAUGAGGAGGUUAUACACCGCUCCAGGGAAGGCUACAGGUCGGUAUACCUCUUCGCCCUCCAACACACUAGAGAAGUGGCGAAGCACGGGCCCUCCCCUCCCGCAACACAGAGGGAUAUGGAGGUAGUAGAUAAGGCUUCGGAACUGAGAGCCAGCCAUAUCUCACGUGUAAGGAGGACAUGAGAGGGCAUGGGGAAAGAGGCGGGUCUCCCAUCAUGCUGAAAGAGGUACUGAAUGCUGUUUCUAAGAAGGGUUUGGGUACAAAUGGCCUUUUUCGCUUAUCACCACUCUAUUUAAUACGUUGAGUGAUGGUUUUGGGGAGUUACGUACGAGGUUGAGUUUGUGAACUGCACAAUUGGGAAAAGCGUGAGUUGCAGGCUUGUAUGCUAUUUUUAUUAGUUGUGUGUGUGUGUGUGUGUGUGUGUGUGUGUGUGUGUGUGUGUGUGUGUGUGUGUGUGUGUGUGUGUGUGUGUGUGUGUGUGUGUGUGUGUGUGUGUGUGUGUAAAUGCAUUGAACAAGUCAGCAAUAUAAUUUAUAUGACCCAACACAUGAAAUCAGGUGAUCAUUACAUCUAUCAAGCUAAUAGUAUACAUGCGAGAAAUACUUUGUUUGGCUUACAGUAAAUAUAGUUAUUAUUAUUCUCAGUAACACUAGCCUCAUUGUCAUAUACCAAGCAGAAUCAUUUCAUGCAAAUAUUAGAUUACAGAUCCUCACCGAAGGUAAACCAUGUUGUUUUUGAUAGAUGUCAGAGGUAUACUACUAAUGCUGUGGAGGAACAUGUGUCUAUGCAAAGCUGAUUGAAACCAGUGGAAACUCCCCCUGGGUGUCUAAUCGCUUACAGAAGGUAGAUGAUUGUGCCAUGGAAGACUGUCUGGAUUAUAACUACACCAAUCAUUUCUUACUCAUAAAACAGACAAUUUACCACAUAUAACAUAUAACAAAGACCCAGAGUGGCUAAUUGGAGCAGGAGGCCCUUAAUCAUGGCUAAAUGUUUAAGAAAAUAUUUUCAAGAUGCGAAUGCAUCGCAUCAUCAAAAACAAUUUCUGUCACAGUAGAGAUUUAGGGCGUGUCUAUGCCCUCAAUGUGAAAUAGAGUGAUUACAUUAUUUGGAAAGAACCAAAACGUAUAUAUAUAUAUAUUACUUCUAAAUUCUAAAUAUCAGAUAUAUGAAAAAAGAUCCACCUUGAUUUAUUUCAUAAAGGUCAUCUGUUGGCACGGUAUUGUUAUUUGUAAAGAAGAGCUAGAGUAUGACUAUAUAAAUGGUUCUCAUGUGUUUCUGAUUUAUAAAAUAAAAUUAUUCUGACCUCUCUUUUCCUGGCAUAAUCUGUGUAUUAUUUUUUUUUUAAAUAAUGUUUUUUAAAUUUGGGCUUGUCUUUGGGAAGCUGAAAUAAGAUGUCUUCCAAUGUGACAAAUUGAUUCACAAAUACAAAUAUAUUUGACACAUUAUUUGUAUCUUACAAAGUUAUUCUAAGCCAAAACAAUUGUUUUAGGGUAAUCCUGGGUUCACCUCCCAAACACAUACUGUAUGUGACCUUGGUCUACCACAACACAGGCAUACUGUUUAUGUCCUAACAAAGCUAUUGUAACUAUUUUACUAUUGAAAAACUAUAUCAUAGCAGAGGUUUUUACAGAGUAUAUGUAUAUGAAUUGAACUUGGAUUUGAAUAUAUGAUAUAAAAAGGUAUGACAUGUAUGAUAUUCUUUAUUUAUCCUAAAUAAAAUAUAUAAUAUCACUGUAGCCUUUUAAUGCCUACAAUGAAUUAGUAGGCGUUCAUUUUAUGUCAGUGUCUAACGAACUGCUAGUUUCUUUAGUUUAUAUUGCUAAAAGAUAGUUAUUUUUCUUAUGACUGACUGUGGUGUUUAACUGAAUAUCUAACAGACAUUGUUGACAUGCUGAUUUAUAAACUGGUUGAAGAUACCAAUCACUGUAAAAGAGACAACCAUGUUGAUAACUAUACCUUGGGAUUGAAAAUCCUGCCUGCCUUGUAUGACUAACGUGUGAAACAUUGUCUGGUCUCCCUAUUUCCAAAAAGGCCACUUGUACCCUUCAUUCAUAUCAGUCAUGGCUGUUGCUCAUCCUACUAGAAUAUGAAGGAAUCGUACCUCUAUCAGAUGAGGGAAAAGGGGAUAUGAAUCUACACUGGUGUCCUAAGCCUGUAUUCUGUAAGGGAAAUACUUCUUAUGCCAUUUUAUACACUGUGCUUUAAUGUUUAGAACUUUUUGCACUAGUUCUAAUAACAUUUAUUUUUCUCUGAGAUUGUUUUGAAACUGUGCUAAUUAAUUCCGUUCUAAAAAACAAAUAUUAUCCCAUAUCUGUGUUUCUAGCUAACCUGUAUAUAUGAAAUCGGUUUUCUGUUUCUAUUGUAUUUUGGGCGGAUCAGUGCCUGUUCACUGUUAAAGCCCAAUAAAGUAAUACAAUUGUU